AUGUCUGACAAGCGUGUCCGCCCUGCUCCUGACUCCGAAGACUCGGAGUCAGACUCGCCCACCGGGAAGCUCCUCCGACUCGAGUCCGAGAGCGAGGGCGAUGAGGCGUCCCGAGCUCCGCUCUCCCUCUCGUCUGAUGACGAGUGGGAGGUAGUGGAAGGGAGGCGUAAGUGCCGCUCCCGGGUUACGCACGCCGCCACUGCUUCCUCGGCCGCUCCCACCAACGCCCCCCUCCGCGGCACACACCCACCAGUCACCACCGCUGCUUCCACCUCUGCAUCGGCCGCUCCCUCUGCUCUGACCACCGCCCUGCCCUGCGGCCCACGCCCACUGUCCUCUACCAACGCCACAGGCACUGCUCAAGCGACCGCGCUGCCACCCUCGCACCCCGAGUCUGCUGCUUCCCGCCACACUGCUCCCACUCCAACCAGCCCCAAGGUCCUCAUUCCUCCGACGGCGGGAUUCGACUCGGCGCUCGACCUGGCGGAAGCCCUCGAGGAGCAGCUCGGGGCCCGCCUGCAACUGAAAUUCCAGGAGUCGGGUUGCGUUAUCGCCACCCCGCCCUCCGAGGAAGCCCUUCGCACCCUCUUGGAGACAACAACGGUGCACGGGAAACCUGUGCUCUUGCGUCAGGUGGGCGACGCAACCACCAAGGGCGUGGUAGCGUCUUACCCGGUGGUCAUGCCUCUCAAGGCCCUCCUCCGCCACCCGGACGUCCUAUCCGCCGACAGGUGUCAGUCACGAGACGGGCUGGCCACCAGGCAGGCAACACUGGCUUCGCCCGCCCACUUCCCCAGCCUCCCGCCACCGAGUGCCUCUCGGACCCCCACCACGGUCCCCAACCCAACCCCUGCCCCGCCCCCAGGCCGAGCCGCCAGGGCUGCCCCAACCUCUUCACCCGUCCUCCCAGCCGCUCCAGCAGCUACCUCAGGCCCCGCACAGCGAGGCCGCCGCGCUCCCGCCCCCCUGCCACAGCGCCCUCCACGCCGGCGCAACCGGCACCGACAAGCGCCACCACGCCCGCAGACUCCACCUCCCGGAUGCGUGAUUGUCACCAAAGACACCCUGGAGGGGAUGUUCACAAGCUUCGCCCUGGCUCUAACGUCCCUCUUGCAGCUGACCCCGGACAAGGCGGCCCUUCAGGCGAUUGCAAGGGCAACCGUGAAGGAACACUUCCCCACGGUUGCAGAGUCGACAACGGCCCCUGCUCCACCCUCGGAGCCGCGGACCCCCGACACCCCCUCGGCCGUAAUUCCGACUCCCGAGAUGCCUCCUCCCCUACGGGUGACGGAAAUGGAGCACGACGCGCCGGAGCAGGCAACUCAACCCGCCCUACCACCAGUAAAGGCCGUGCAGUGGUCCAUCGGGCGCUCCACCCCGGCAUCCCGCACCCAGUCGCACAUCCCGGUCAGAAUGGUGCCGACACGCUCUCGCCUCCCGCUGCCCGAGCGCAAGGCGCUACCGAAGCGCCGCGGCCCGACGCCCACGCUGACAGCGGCCCCCGUAACAACCCCAGAGGCGUCCGAGAGGAACGAACUCUAA